GUUGUGCGCGGCGCAGGCGCGCGGGGCGGUCGUUGAGCGGCUCCUUUUCCGCGUCUCCCCCUCAUGAGGGUUUGUGGCGGGCUGAGGAGAGCCGCCUCCUUCGCCUUCUCCAGCGGCGAUGGGGUGGGCCCCGGCGGGAAGCCUCGGAGAAGGGCAUGGGAGAAGUCGUUAUCGCCGCUGGAGAGGGUGAGGAGGAUGCUGCCGCCGGAGGAGGCGGCGGAGGUGGGGCGGUUCGCGGAGGCUCCUCAGGCUCCCGCUGAGGAGAAGGCGGCAGCUCCUCCUGAGGCGGCAGCAACCCAGCCCGGCCCUUUCCGCGCUGGGGAACUGGUGUUGGCGGAAAUGAGGAGGAAGUACAACAGGACGCUGAAGCUGAUGUGCCGGCUGGUGGUGGGCUCGGUGUUGACCAGCAAUGGGGGACUCCUGCCCCACCGGGAUAUCAUCGGGCAGAUGCCCGGGCAAAUGUUGCGCACGUCGGCCGGAGCGCGGGUACUGCUGAAGCGACCCUCGCUGGAAGAGUAUGUGCUGCUGAUGCCGCGGGGGCCCACCAUCGCUUAUCCCAAGGAUAUAAGUGCUAUGUUAAUGAUGAUGGAUAUCCAGCCGGGAGACACAGUUUUGGAAGCUGGCAGCGGGUCUGGUGCUUUGACCCUGUUUCUGUCAAAAGCAGUUGGGCCCAAAGGACGUGUUAUAAGUUAUGAAAUCAGAGAUGAUCACCAUAGUUUAGCUAAGAAGAAUUACAGGCACUGGUGUGCUGCAUGGAAAAUAGGACAUAUGGAAGAGUGGCCAGAUAAUGUGGAUUUCAUUCUUAAAGACAUUUCAACAGCAGCUAUGGAUAUGAAAUCGCUAACACUUGACGCAGUAGUUCUGGAUAUGCUUAACCCUCAGUCAGCUCUGCCUGUUGUACAGCCGAGUCUGAAACAGGGUGGUGUGUGUACUGUGUAUCUAGCAAACAUCACACAGGUUAUUGACCUUUUAGACAGAAUACGGACCUCCAGGCUCCCUUUUCUGUGUGAAAAGAUCAUUGAGGUAACUCACAGAGACUGGUUGGUGCUCCCUGCUAAAAUCAAGAAUUUCAAAUCAAGCCAAGCGGUGGAAACUCUAGAAAAUAUUGAAGAAACACCUCAAAAGGAAUAUGAAGAAAACUACAUUCAGGAUCAAGUAGUUCUUACAGAAGGUGAAUACAAUGAAUCACUUUCUGAUGAUACUGAAACACACUGCUCGGUGCCUUACAUUGCUCGACCGUCUUCCUGGCAGGAUGCUCAUUCAGCAUUCCUUAUCAAGCUGAGAAAGUUUGGACCACUGCAUGCUUGAUGCUGCUGGGAUGUCAGCUGCUAAUCUGAGUAUUGUAUAAGAAUAAAAUAAAAUGUUACAAAGUAGCUGCUACAUUUUGCCAGUUGUAUAACUUUAAAGUAAUGAUGGCUAUGAUUUUGGUGGUAUAGAAAGUUUGAAACCUCACCCGCUAUUUCAAGGGAGAAGUUUUAACAGAAUAUUCAGGUAUAGUGCUGUAAUGCAACAGAGGUUGUCCGGCAAAGCACAGUAUCUGUUUCUGUCUCAGCAGGUGUAUUUCAUUCUUCAUUGCUUGUAAACCACUCCAUGGAUUUGUCUUGCUUCCAGGUGCUACCUGGUCUCCUUUUGCUGGACAGGCUCUGACAGUCUACCAGAAAUAAGGAGAAAAAAAUUGAGCUAGAACAUAAUGGAUCAAAGUCUGUCCUUUGAAAUGCAAGUGAAACUGUUUCUGACUUCACUGGCUACCAACUGGUGGCUGUCAGUUUCUUUAAGAACAAUGUUCUUAAAGCACAACUGUAAGAGAAACAAAAACACACUGAGGUUGUUCUCUUGAUAAAGCUGUGCUUAUUUCAAGAAAAAGACCCAUUGAUGACACACAGAGCUUUGGUUCACUUCCAGCACCCAUGCUGAAAGCCGCCUGGUUAUCUGUGAACUUUGCUUUAUAGAAAGCAUUCCCAAAGAGUCAAACAUUUUUUUUUCUGACCUUUCUCAGAUAUCAAAAGCAAGAUCCCUCAAGUAAUAAAUAGAUUUUUAAGUCUUUUAGGGUCUCACGUAAGUCUCCACAUAAACAUCACCACACACUUAACACAUUCAAUUUAUUAAAUGAUGUGUUGUAGACACCUGACUUGUUCUGUAUCUCAGGGAAGAUUCGAAUGCCAAAUUUUUCAAAGUUGAGGGAUUCCUUGAGAAUCACAGUUGUACUGAAGCUGUCAAAAGUAGUAACACAACCAGCUAUCAUAGUGAAAAUUUCGAUGCUAAUUAGAACACAUGCAAAUGAAAAAUAGAGCUAUAAAUAACUGGACCCCCAUAUUAAAUAAGGAUGCUAAGAAGGCUGCAGUGGUUAAGUGCAUGAAAGUACCUUUGCAGAACUCUCCCAGGAAGUUUACAUCUCAGGUGCGUUCUACUCUUAAUAAUUAAAUUAUGAGCGUUUGCCCCGUAACUGCUGUAUGUAAUGGAGGCUUCUCAUACAAAGGCUCAGAACACUAUUUGGAGUAGAUUAAUACGCGAAGAUUCAAUUACAUAGAACAGUUUUCACAUUAAAUUCUUGUAUUGCUUUAUACUUAUACCCCAGUCUCAAAGGAAAUCUUGUAUAAACUCUAUCAACAGUGAGAUACACUUAAAGGAAAAUGUGAGUUGUGAUUUAACGUGUCCAAACUGAAGACAGCAACCGAGCAGCCUGCUCUUUCUAAAAACAGUGCUCUCAACAGCAGCCUUUUAACUCAUGUGACACACUCCAUUAUUUUCAUUGCUGCUUCCAGCCAAUCCUAAGUGUUUAAAAUAGGAUUCUCAAUUUACUUUCUAAUGCAGGAAUAGUAAUAGUGCCUAGACUGAAUGAAACCCAAAAUCUACUGUAGUAGAUAAAGGCAAUUUGAAGAGACUCAUAAUACAAAACAGGUGGUACUUUGGGAAAUCGGGAGACAAGAUGUGAAAAUGAAAACUGUGGCAGUAAAGGCACAGUUCUGCCAAGGUAACUGCGUUUGUAACAGGGAUGCCAGCUUACACAGAGAGAUCAUGCCUUGCCAUGCCAAGGACACAGUAGUCCCUACAGUCUGAAGGGCAAAUAUGGCCUCGGUUGCCUAAAUUAAUUGAAAAUUAUUUGCAAUAUUGAAACUAUACCUUGGGUGUAAUUUGAAGGAGAGUCAAAGAGCAUUUUUUCAGUUGCAGCGGUGUCCUUCAGAUUCUGGGAUGAAUGUAAUUCCAUCAUCUCCAAAGUGUCAGUAGCUGAGGAGGAAGAUGAUGAUAAUCCUAGCCGUACAAAUCUUCCUUUCUUACCACAAAGCAGGCAGUCUGCAGGAGUAGCACUAGGUCCUCGGGGCAGCUGUGCUUCAUCGUCAUUGUAGUUUCUCACAGCUCCGCUGUGAUGUAUGGAACGCUCUCGCUGCCACGCGUAAUGUGUUGGAGCAAUAGCCAUCACCUACCGAACAGCCAUUAGAUCAGAAACCACAACGGGAAAACAAGGGAUCCAAUUCACAUAUGGCAGAGAAUAAAUGCUACGUAGCUGAAAUGGGGAUCAUCUUGUCUAUCUGCUUCUGUCUCACUAGAAAGUUUGCUACCUUAGGCAUGAGCAAAUAAACCAGUUGUGAAUCAGAUGUGGAAACACAACAGUUGACAGCCUUGUAUAUUCAUGUGACUCAUCACAAAUACCAGCUUACGCUUCCUAUGUUGGACAGAAGAUGGUGUUUUUUACUAAUACUAAACAUCAAGUAGAAGGAUCUUCUGGUUCACAGCAUGAUGAACUAAUGACUGUUGGCAGCUGGGAGGGUGUGCUGGGAAAAGCAUUAUGCGUUGGCCUUGUUCCUUGCACUUUUCCCAUCAGCAUCUCAUUCUAUCCUCAGAGAUGGGAUUCUAGACUACGUGAGAUUUUCUUUUCUACCAUCUGUAUAAACAUUAUGUUCUUAGAACAUGACGGGGCUUUUCCAGACAAAUACAUUCCACCUGAAAAGUGAGGAAUAUCUUUUUUCCCUCCUAAUACGUUUCGAAAAUGCGGGUUGUUACACUGCAUUUAUAGUAGAGAAUGUUAAAAGUGCGUCCUUCUGUUUCUCUUUUUUAAAUGCAGUGAAAAACCCUUACCUUAAAAAGUCAAUUAAAGUUACAUUAUUCAUUUUGAAGGGAUUAAAAUUUCACCGGAGGUGCUGGGAUUUUUAUUUGAAGGUUUUACUUAUGUACAAACUUGUAAUUUGUAAAGCACAUACGCACACACAGAAGUAUUUUUCAGGUGAAUGAAGGGAAACAACCAAUGGUAAAUUUAAAAUAAAAAUUAUGCAUAAAGCAGAAAGAUUCUAGUCAAUAAAAACUUCACUUUUAGCCUUUUAGCAGUAGUGCAGUGUAAAAUAUUCUAGUUUACUUUAAAAGCAUAGUUUUAAAUAAUGUAUUUUAAAUGCAGAAGAAAAAUAAAUGAUAGAGGAUAAAUGGACUGUUACACUUCAGCUGCAUCUUUUCUUUCCCAUGGCUUGUCUACACACUGUAAGGAAGAAAUGAUAUGGACAGAGCUAGACUGUUGGCUGGUAUUAACUGUUGUACUUUCAGCACCUACAAGAUUAAAACCCUCCCUACCUCUUCACAGCAGCGUCUGCUUACAAUAGCCCUGUAGUCAAUUCUACUCCACAGUUCAUCUUUUAACUUUAAGAAAUCAGGGAAGAGCUUUCUCCAGGCUUUUCCCAAAGCCCAUGGGAAAAUGUCAUACUUUGAUUCUUCAUCAUCUUCUUCAACUGUAUUUGCCAGAUACCUUCAAACAUAUAUAUGUUUGUGGUUGUAAAUAUUAUUCAAUCUUAAAUCGCUAUAUUAGUAUGAUUUCUAAUAUCAAAAGACAUAAUAUUAAAGUCAUUCUUUUUCCUAGUAUUGUGAGAGUAACCACUAACAAAAUACAGCCUUCUCUCUGGAGUAGUGUUUGUUUCUGUUUUACAGAAAGUUCCAUAUGCAUCCUUUGGGUAAAUACAAACUUAAACUCUUAAAAAAAUUACUUUACCCUAGAGGCUCCUAAAUGAGUAGAUAAUGCAAGAACUAACACAUCCUGACAGCUUUCUCCAGUCUCACAAGGUAUCCUUGCACUAAAAUUGAACGGUUUCUGACUGAUUCUCUAGUGUUUAAACUAUCUCAUGAAAUGUUAAACUUUGCAUCUUCUACUUUAUGGAUUUUUAGCUAUUCUUGGAAAAUUAUGUUGCUCACAUUAAAUUAGCAGUAAUCAACUAAAUAAGGUCUCCAUUCUUGUAUGAAUUAAAACCUUAAAGGAGUUUUAUAAUGUCUAUAUUUCUCCCUUGCUUCACUCUGUGCUGCUUCUGGUUCUGGGUUGUCCCUCUAGUUCCCCUCCCCGACAGACCCUUUCUCCCUUUCUAAUCCUCUCGCUCUUCUGAAAGAAAAUACUGAAUCACUCUGAAGGUACAGCCAAGUAUUGAGAGAUUACAUUGGCUUGGUAAAGGCAGGUUACUGACUGCACCUCUCUUUCAAAGUAUAGCAGUUUUAGAACUGUUCACAAAAGGUCUCAGAAAUUGUCUAGCAACAGUUUCACAGUUGACUUGAAUCACGGUGACAGAAUAAUAAAAAGUUACUCCCGAGGUGCAUAUCAUGAUGAAACAUUUCAGUACAAAUGACUUAAAGGCUGCCAAAGAUACAAAAUAGGGUCUUGUAACAGGCAGUAUGAGCCACGUAGAUGUUGCCAUGUAUUGUCCUCCAUGUGCUUCUUGUUCAAAGUUCACAGGCUUAGUUUGGUAGGCAGGAUGCCAUGCAGUGUAUCACUGUACCAACACAAGCAUCCCCUUGCUGCUUCUCAAGCCUGUUCCACACAGGUGGUAUCAGAGGAAGAAUGUUUCAUUUGCAUUGUUUAGAUAUAGUAUGUAGAUUAUGUUUCUAUACUUCAUAUAGAACCCAAACAGCUACACACUUGUGUAAGAAGUCUCGUCAUAUACCAUAAACUAUCAGUGGCAUAAACAAAGGGAUAAAAUCAUGCCAAGCUUAUACUAAUAGAACCAGAGAAUUUAAAAGUACUUACAGAGCAACAAAGAAAUUGAUUCUGGUGUGCUCAUUUAUUGUGAAGUUAGCCCUCUUGAAAUAAACGAAAGUCAUUGCCAAGAGAUACUGUUUGGAAAUGUAAAAUGAAGUAUCAAUAUAUUAUUUCAGCAUAUAAUUUCCUAAAAUGUUUCACACAUGUAUCUUGCACCGAGAUUUUUUUGUAAUUUUUUAACAAGGAGUAAAGCAUAAAUUGAGUUUCUUGAAGCUUCCAUAUAAAUAAUUAGAAAAAAAUGAUGGUCUGUAUUUGCAUUAUGGUAUCAAGUGAUUAAGGGCAGAUUUUUCACUCAAUGUUUGCUGUAUUAAAUGACAAGGAAAUACAGUUACCUUGUCUGCAAUUUUACAGCAACAGUCCAUCCAAAGGAAGUCUUGGAUUAGGUCAUCAUCUGCAACAAAAGAAAGUUGUAGCAUUUCAAACACCAGAAUUAUUUUUGCUAGAAAGUAUUUGUAAUUACAGACAGUCCUGGUAUUAAGCCAGAUAAACAGAAAGAAGCUAGACCCACCAGUAGGGAGCAGAGAAACUGAGGGGAGGAAGAGUAGGAAUUAAAAAACUCUUCCUGCAUUAAAUAGUUCCAUCUAACAGCAUACCAUUAUUUCUGAUGACCUACAGACUGCUGAGAUCUCUGCACCCUGAUGGUCUGACAGCCUUUUUAAGGCAAUACGUGCUUGGUUAUCUGUGGUCAGUGCAUCACUGUCUGUGAACAUGUACUAUAACAGAGUUUCCAUUAACUCACUCUGAUUGUCUUCUGUAUUCAAAGUUCAAAUAAAACCCAAGUGAACUCUUCCACUGUUAUUAAAUCUCUUCACUAAAUUAAAUAAAUACAAACUCGUGUAUGAAAGAGACACAAAUGCAAAAGAGAUGCAGAGAUACUGCUCAGAUUUUCUUCCCAUUCCACUUCUCCCCCUAAAUGCUUAUUCCCACAAUAAAUAACAUGUUUGUAAGAGUGGGAGCCCAGCCUUUUUUAAGCCUUGUGUAAAACAAGAUGUAUGUUGUUUUACAUGUAUUUGUUGAAAUAUAAGA